AUGGAAGCAGAUUUAACUUAUAAAAAAUCAAUUAUUAAUGGUCAAGAUGAUAAAUUUGGCUCACCUUUACACUAUGUUGCUUGUAAAAAUGAUGUAGAAACUGCUGAACUCCUUUUAUCUAAUGGAGCAAAUCCCAAUCUCAGAUUAAAUGAAACUGGUAUACCUGAAAAGCUAUCAUCCAAAGAUUCAGAAGAAAUGCGAUUGUGUGAGGAUUGGCCUAUGGAUUACUACAGUUGGACCCCAUUACACUUGGCAGCCUUCAAUGGCCAUAAUGAAAUAGUUCAACUUUUAAUAGAUGCAGGUGGCAAGAUCAAUGUAGUUACUAUUUCUAAGAAUAUUUGUGAAGGGAAUACACCGCUUCAUUUUUCAACCAUGCGAAAUCAUUUAAAAACAGCCCAAUUGCUUUUACAAAAUGGAGCAUGUUAUGAUGUAAAAAAUUUUCAAAACAAGGCACCUGUAGAAUUGACAAAGUCUGAAGGUGUAGCAGAUCUACUUCAAUGCAUUCAUAAAUUAUUUCAGGCUGUUGGAGAAGGCAGCAAAUCUCCAGUGCAUUCUUUGUUGGAAAGAAAUGAUUCGGAUUCAGUGAACGCCAUUUUACAUGCCAAAAAUUCUGACAAUCAUACACUUUUAGACAUUGCCCAAGCUAAUGAACACGAAGAAAUAGUGGACUUACUUAACAAAAAAACUGAGAUUAUUCAUUGCGAUAUGGAGGAUUCCAGGUGA